GUCACUGCUCAGCGGUUACUAUCUAAACAGAGCCGUCUGCCCGAGCCUCGGUUUUGCCUCAGUCAAAAGUGGAGAUACAUCAGCUUCACUGCUCAAAGUGCCACUGCAAUCUACAGCUCGCAGCCAAAACCUCAGUCGCCCCAAGUACUGCUCAGAUUCUACCCUCCUUGCAAAGUUUCUUUACCCAUUCGCAGCUCGCCCCGCAUCUACUUCCCUGCUUUCCAAAAGUGAUGGCUGCCUUCAAGUACGUGAUCAUGGCUUCGGUUCUCGUGGCCGUCUUUGCGGCAGUUGCUGCGCAGGGCCGCGAGCUUCCCAAGCUCGAGGAGAAUGACGUCAGCGGCGCCGCCCGUUCGCUGAAGCAGCUCCCGGGCAAUCUGGGCGGUCUCUUCAGCGGAGGUGGCGCGCUUGACCCCGUGGUUCUCCUGGCGCAAACCCUGCUGUUUGCAAUAACCCAGCUCACUAACCAGCUGGGUUUGGUGACCACGCUGCUCAACACCGCCGGGCAGGCAUCGCAGACGUCCAUUGCGGUGGGCCAAAUCCUGGGGGGUCCCCUUACGAAGCUGCUCGAUGCCAUCGCCAACCUGGCAGCGCUCCUCCCCGCGGGCACUAUCGUCAACCCGUAGACCAGAUCAGAAAUUCUGUCUAUAGGGAAGUUACUGCGCGUUUAAGCCAUACAAAAUACUCUGAGCCCCAAGGGCACAUACAAGCAAACGCCAGAACGUUUGCCUUGGAGUAUCCUAAGCGAAGAGUUUGUAAUGAGACGUUUACGUUUUGGCAAUUUUGGAAAGACCUUAUAGAGCUUGUCGUAUCACAGGUUGCCAACCAGAACAGAAAGCUUAGGAAUACAGCUAAACAUAGGGGAUGCUAGUUGCCCAUGAAGACUAUAAGCCCAUCGACUUCUCAAC